AUGUCUCCUCUUCAUUACGCUGCAAAAAAUAAUUGCAAAGAAACUGCGGAAAUUCUUUUAUCCAAAGGUGCUGAAGUUAAUUCAAUAGAUCGGGCCGGAAAAACGCCUCUUCAUUAUGCUGCGAUGAAGAAUUGUAAAGAUAUUGCCGAAAUUCUUGUAUCACAUGGAGCAAAUCUCAACGCUAAAGAUGAUGAUGGCUUAACACCUCUUGAUACAGCUAAAGAAAACAAUAGCAAAGAAAUAUCACGAUACUUAUCCUCACUGCAAAAGAAUACAGAUAAGAAAAAGGCGAAGAAAUGA